CGAGUUCCUGUUUGUUCCUGACUUCCUCUCUAUAGUAGCAUCUGAAGGAUACCAUAGAGCAGAGCGGUGGGGGUGUAGUGCCGGUGUCAGGCAGGAAUAUGGCGCAGGCUCUGUCAGAGGAUGAGUUCCAGAGGAUGCAGGCUCAGCUGCUGGACCUGAGGAGCCAAAAUUAUCAGCUGUCAGACAACUUGCGAAAAAACAACCAGGAGCUUACAUCUCUUCGGCAGAAGCAGGCAGCCCUAGAGAGAGAUUUCCUGAAAGCUCAAAAGGCACUCACCAAGAGCAAGAAAGCCCAGGAAGUGGACGCCUUGCUAGGUGAGAAUGAGAUGCUGCAGGGAAAGCUGCACAGUCAGGAGGAUGACUUCCGGUUACAGAAUAGCACGCUAAUGCAGGAAUUGUCUAAGCUCUGCUCCCAAAUUGAGCAGCUGGAGGUUGAAAACCAGCAGUUGAAAGAGGAAAGUCGCUCUCCAGAUGGCAUCCCCGGAAUUACAGAAGGUGAAAUAAGACGACUACAGGCGGAGAAUACAGCACUACAGAGGACAAUUGGAUCACUUCAUGAGCGUCAUGAAAAGCAGAUUGCCUCCCUAACAGGUCAAGAAUCUCAAGAAAAUGGACUUCAAGGGACAGAGACAGGGGAUAAAGUGCCAGUCACAGAACUUGAUGGACAGGUUUCACAAGAUCAGGAUGGUGAGCCACCAAGGAACUGGCAGUCAAGAGGGGAUAAUCUUCAAGGCAUAACACUUGAACUAGAAACGCAGACGGAGGAGAAUAAGUUGUUAAAGGCAAAGAUACUCACAUUACAGGGUGAUCGCUCACGGCUACAAGAAGAAAAUAUAAAGGUAUCAGAAAAGCUGAAGAAGAAACAUGACAGCUACCUGCGGCUGCAGACUGACAAGGAGGCUCUGUACAAUGACAGCAGGACAAAAAUUGAGGAGAUUCAGCAGAGGAAAGAGGAAGAUUUGAAAGCCCUGACGUUAAAAAACCAGAAGCUUCAGCAGGAUCUGCAAGGUGCUCAGCAGAGUUGUGCUGAGCUAAAAGAACAGACCCAGAGCCUAAAGCAAGACCAUGAUCGUGCCCUGCAAGGUCUUCAGGAACAAGUAGCUUGGCAGAGUGCGGAGAGCCAGGAGCAGGUGGACAACAUUCUGUCCGAGAACGAUGCCCUCCGUACCAACCUAGCAGCCUUGGAACAGAUUCAGACGUCAAGGACUCAGGAGCUGAGUUUAGUGCGGGAUCAGAAUGCAGCACUGUCGGCAGAGAUCCAGCAGCAGCAAAAUGACAAGGAAGCUCUGCUGCAGCAAAGGGAUGAUUUGAAAACACAGCUGCAGGAGGCCAACCGGGCACAUGGCCGUCUCCUGGAGCAGCUGCAGGAGCAGAAACAGGAAAUUCAGCAGCUACAGCAGGAUCUGGAUGAAGCUAGAAAGAGCGCUGAUAAGAGAAAAGGCAUGCUGGAUGAAAUGGCUAUUGAGAUGCAGCAGGAGAAGGCCCGGCACAAGGAAGAGGUGGGGAAUAUUAAGCUCCAGCACGAGAAGGAGGUCCUGAGUAUUCGAGCUAAAUAUGAGAAGGAACUGAGGGAGCUUCACGAAGAGAAAAACCGUGGAGAGGAGGACCUGAGGGGACAACUGAGAGAUGAGAAGGCGCGCUGCAGGGAGUUGGAAGGCUUACAGCAGACUACAGAGGAGCUGCGUUUACAGAUUAAUUCACUAGAGGGCACCAAAGGAUGGUUUGAACGUCGACUAAAGGAGGCAGAAGAAACUGUUGAAAGGAACCAGCUGCAACACAAGGAAGACUUGGCGAAACUGCGAGAAGAACAUUCUGCUGAUCUGCUUAUGAAGCAGAAGGAGCUAGACUCACUAAUAGAAAAAAUCAAGGCAUCUGAAAAAGAUAAAGAAAGUCUUAAUGGGACAAUAGAACAGCUGAGACAGGAGGUAAAGGAUACAACAGAUGGGCAGAGAAUUGUAGAGAAGAGAGGAAGUGCUGCUCUUAAGGACCUGAAGCGGCAGCUUCACCUGGAGAGGAAGCGAGCAGAUAAGCUUCAGGAACGGCUUCAGGAGAUUCUCACCAACAGUAAAACUCGAACAGGUUUGGAGGAUCUAGUAUUGGCGGAGAUAAGUUCCCCCAGUCGGACGCAAACGGGCGACAGCAGCAGUGUCUCAUCCUUCAGCUACCGAGAGAUGAUGAAAGAAAACACAGUGCCCAGUAGCAAUAAGUCUAACAGUGGAAGUCCACAGUCCCAGCCUCAAAGACCAGCUGAGCUGUCAGAUGAAGAAGUUUCUGACCUUUUCCAGAGAUUAGCCGAAAUUCAACAAGAGAAGUGGAUGCUGGAAGAAAAGGUUAAGCACUUAGAAGUGAGCAGCGCCUCUAUGGCAGAGGACCUAUGCAAGAAAAGUGAGAUUAUUGAGACCUACGUCAUGGACAGCAGGAUAGAUGUGUCAGCCACACAUGGCCAAGCAGACCGGAGCAGUCUCGGAAGUGUCCUGAGAGAUUUAGUGAAACCGGGAGAUGAAAACCUGCGGGAGAUGAACAAGAAGCUGCAGAAUAUGUUGGAGGAACAGUUGACCAAGAAUAUGCACCUUCAAAAGGAUCUGGAAGCCCUUUCCCAGGAGAUUGUCCGCCUCAGCAAGGAAUGUGUCACGGCCGCACAUGAGAGCCCCACCACUGGCUUGGCAAGCUGAAGUCUCCAGCACUGUUCAAACCAUCUCUAAUAUUGAACUCUUCUAUCCAGCUCCAUUCAGUUUACCUGUAAAGGGCACAUUUCCCCCAGUUUUCGUUUGAAUCCACUCUCUGUGCUCAUGCAUUCCUCAUGUUUGUGGGUCCCCAUUUUAAAGUUAGUUGUCUUUACAAGGAUUUCCUUUUUGUCCGGUGAGGGUGGUCAUGGCACACUACUUCAGGUUACAAUGUACAGAAGAAUUUGCACAGAUCUCAUCUGAAUACUGAAGAGAUAUAUAUAUAUAUAUAAUGGGAGAAAUUGUUCCUGAUGUUUCUUUAUUCUUUUAGUUGUGUUUUUUUGUUCGUUUUUUUUUCUGCUUUUGGCUGCCCUUCAUAAAUGUUUUUUUUGCUAGGCUUUUUACAUGAUGUUUUGCUGUGUGUCCAAAAUAUCCAGAACCUUUUGGCAAAGACGGCCUUCAAAUCAUCUUAUGUAAUUGCACUGUCUGUCCUUCUUACAGCUUUCUGAUUGGGCUUAUUUAAUGUAGAACCGCCAUAUCAUCAUUCAAAAAAUAUGUUGCAAUGCAGUCUACCUGUGUGAAAAUCCUUAGGCAGAAGCCAUUCUUCUGACUCCUGGGCUUGAAGCUACUUCUUCAUCAUGAGAAGGAAUAGAAACCUGAGAGAUGUUGUGAAGAUGGGACUUUUGAGGUACAACAUUUUACAAAAAUGCUAAUUGUUAUUGCACAAUAGAACAUAUAUAGAAAUUUUCACUUUUCACAAAUACCGUAAAAACCAAAUAAAUCUAAAAUGAUUAAUACCAAAGGUAAUGGUUUUCUAUGGCCCGACACAUUUCCUGCACAGCUCCACUUCUUUAGGAGCUGACAGUAUCUUUGUAUACAGAGAAUAAUCUUAAUGAGAUACAUUCAUUCAUUGUCUAUAUCAGUGUUUCUCAACCAUUUUUUGGUGAAGGCAAAAUCUCAAGGAACCCCGUUUUAAAAUGUGAAAAACGAAACCAACAGUUUUACAUAAAACACAGCAACAUCCACACACAGGAUACCCAAUUUUACAGGUUACUUAUUCCUCCAAGACAAAUACACCUUUACACUCUGGUACUGAGUAGUACUCCAAUGUUUCUCUUCUCCCUCAAUUUCCCUCCAUCUCUCAGCUAAUGUGACCCCAGUGCUGACAGAGAAAUACAUGGGAAGGGUAAACAAGGAUGCUGUAGAGCACAGGUCUCAAACACAAUGCCCUCCAGGCCACUUUAUGUGGCUUUCACACCUCUCCUGCAACUACAGGAGAGCGCCAGCCCUCCUCUGGUCCUACUCCAGACACUUACUUUCUUCCUUUAAGCAAUUCAUCCAGCUUCUUCCCAGCAGCAGCAUAAGGAAGGGGGGUGCACUGUGAUGUA